AUGGCUGACUCUGUCACGGUGAAUAUCCUUUUCGAUAUCCGUCGCCUGCCCGAGGACAAAGGAGGCUGCGGCAUGGACGAGAUUUCCGCCAAAGCGGGUACUAUGUUGACCUUCAAUCCAUACAGAACGGACCGACACAAAAACUGGGCAUUUGUCCAGAUGGUGUAUCUCAGUCCGCCAUCAGCAUUCCUGGCCAAUAGCUCCUACGGCAACGAAUACGGCCAUCAGGGGAACAAUAAUACCGACUAUUGGAAGGCCACAUCACCAAACACCACGGGUCUCGAUUCAGCCUUUCUCAACUGCCUCAACAUGACCAUUGCAGCCGCAAUUCCCAUUAUCGAUCCCACAUUCUUCGUUAAGGCCCCCAAGGACAAGCUGUCCUCGGGCCAGAUUGCUGGUAUUGCAGUGGGAAGCGUGGUGGGAGCCCUCCUGCUGGAAUGA